AUGAAAUGGCAUGGCUUUGGUCAUCGUUCCAACACCCCGAAUGCUGGAGAUCUCGCAUUGUUUUGCCCGACAUGUCCUCAGCCUGGGAUCAACAUAUCCUUGUCAGGGAAUGAAACACUUGAUGACUGGAAAUAUACCCGGUCAUUUAUGAUGGACGGUAAUUUCAAAGCCAAACACUUGCAUCCCAUCAAGCCAUUUGAUGAAGUAUGGCUUGCAGAUGGGCUAGGGUUCAUGGUGGGAAAGGACAGGUAUAAAGCGCAUCAUGCGGAGGCUGCUGACACUUUGGAAAAAUCUAGCUGCAACAAUCACUGGGUGGUAAAUCAAGCAAAUGCGGCUCGGCACAAGCUGAAGUCGACGGGUAUCGGGGGAGUUGCUUGUGCCUGCCACGGCUGCUUUGUGCCUCAUGCAAUGGUCAAUUUCCAGAAAGGCAAAAGACAAAUGAACAUGGAUUACGCCCUUUGCAAGGCUGCCCAGCACAACAUGGAAGGCAUUACCAGGGCUGUCACCUUUUAUGACAUCAACUGUCAAUACAACAAGCACCUUUGGGUUCGGGUGGAUCAAAGCCGAUUUCUUGAAAUGGUACCAGAAUUGACCAUCAUUCCUGGCAUCGGUUUGUGGCACAUGCAUGGAUAUCAAGACAGCUGCUAUGUCUGA